AUGGCCACCAAACUUUUUGUGUUUCCUUUGGUUUUCUUAGCGGUUUCGACAUUUGUUGAAGGGGGAUAUCGAAAAGAUACAGGUGACUGCAUUUGCACAUUGGAAUUUAAUCCAGUCUGUGGUAAAGACGGCAAAACCUAUUCAAACAGUUGCUUCCUGGGAUGCGCGAAUGUCCGUAAAGCGUGUGACGGAAAAUGUCCUUGCAAACCAAAGGGAUACAGAACACCAUGGAAACCAGUAAACCCAGGAAAGUCUAGUGGCUGCAUUUGCACAUUGGAAUAUGAUCCAGUAUGUGGUAAAGACGGCAAAACCUAUUCCAACAGUUGUUUCCUGGGAUGCGCGAAUGUUGGUAAGGCGUGUGACGGAGAAUGUCCUUGCAAACCAAAGAAAUACAGAACCCCACGGAAACCCGGAAAGCCAGAUUGUUCUAAUGGAAAGUGUGGUGGACCCAAAGGCUACAAACCUAGACGACACUAA